AUGUCGGUAGCAUUCUUAGCGGAUAAGACUCAAUCCAAUAUCUCAGUCAAUGACCUGCAAGAUGCAGCAUCAAGUUUAGGGUUCAAGAUUCCAGAAGAGGAUGCCGAAGAUUAUCUGGUUCUGCUUCAAUCCGUAGAAGCUAUAAUGAGACAAGUAAAGAGUGAAGACGAUUACAUCCAUCCCGCGCUGUCACCUGUACCCACCAUUAACCCGAGGGUAUACUGGGAGCCCGAAGAUGUCAGUAACCCUCUCAAUGCAUGGCGACACCGCUGUGAAUUUGCAGCAGCGAGUCCGACAACCGACUUACUCCGCGGCAAGACUAUCGCCAUCAAAGACAAUAUCUCACUUGGGGGCAUUCCCACAACAGUUGGGACCUUUACCGAGAUUCUAUGUAAAAAUGGCAAUCUUUCCAUCUCGCCUAUUGAUGCUUCUGUAGUCUCGCGGGUGCUUCAAGCGGGAGCAAUCAUUAAAGGAUCCUCCACUUGCGAGAAUUAUUGCGCUUCGCCGCUUUCUUACAGCGCAGCUAGUGGUCCUGUUCACAAUGCCCGGAUGAAAGGCUAUACUUCAGGUGGGAGUAGUAGUGGCUCUGCUACCCUUGUAGCUGCCACUACUGUGCAUCAGGAGAAAGGGACUUCGUUUGGAGAAACGGUUGAUAUCGCGAUUGGCGGAGAUCAGGCUGGUUCGGUGCGAAUUCCUGCUUCAUAUAGCGGUAUCUAUGGCAUGAAGCCAACGUACGGCCUCAUUCCGUACACUGGAGCUGUACCUCUGGCGCCUAUGAUAGACCAUCUGGGCCCGCUGGCUGCGACUCUGGAAGAUAUUGCAUUGUUACUGCAAGUCAUGGCAGGGUACGACGGGAUCGACCCACGCAUGACACCUGAAUCACCGCUGCGACACCAAGUGGAAGACUAUCCACAAAUUCUCGCAGAAUUUAAAAAUCAUAAGGAAGUUCGAAGACUAGGCUCUGGGUUGAAGAUUGGGUUACUGACCGAGUCCUUUGACAUCCUUGGGCUUUCAGAUGAAGUUCGGGACACAGUGCGUCACUCAGCCAGAACGUAUUUCGAAGCUGCAGGAGCAGAAGUAGUGGAAGUCUCUGUUCCAAUGCAUCGACAAGGAACUUCUAUUUGGACCGCUUCUACCAGAAUGUCAAUGUCAGAAUGGGCAUGUCAAGGAAAGACGUCCGGAUUUUUAUCUUUUCUACCACCGCACAUCCAAGCUCGAUGGCCCCCAGAUCAAAGGAUGUAUGAGUUACUCACAGCGACAAAUCCAGCUGCAAUGAAUGUCAUGCUCAGUGGACCCUUUCUCCAAAAGCACUUUGGUCCCAGCGUUGAGGCCAAAGCUCAUCGUAAAGUAUUUGAGCUCCGAGCCGCCUAUGACCAAGUCUUUACGCAGGUAGAUAUUCUCGUCACGCCUUGUGCGCCAACUGUUGCGAUGCCCCAUCCAAAAAUGAAGGCUGAUGCCGAUGGGCCCAGCUCUAGUAUCAUGGAAAAACUGUCUGUAGCAAUCGGGGUCACCACCAAUACUGCGCCGUUCAAUGUUACUGGGCACCCAGCACUGAAUGUACCAUGUGGUUUCGGUUCUACUCUCAAUGAUUCAAGGAAACAAUUGCCUAUAGGGAUGCAACUUGUUGGAAGACGUUGGGAGGAUGCAAUGGUUCUUAAAGCAGCCACGGUAUUUGAAAGAGGACGAGAAUUAUCUCACAAAGUUGAAAUUGAAUGA